GUAUUUAGCAUUCAUUCAUCAAAGCCUCCGGAUGCGUCCUACGUGCCCGGCACUGUGCUAGUCAUGGUAAUCCGUGGUCCCCAUCCCAGCGUCCAGUGUCAGGGGAAACUGAUGGAGAAUCGAGCUCUGGAUCCAGGGACUCGGGACUCCUAUGGUGCCACCAGCCACCUCCCCAACAAGGGAGCCCUGGCGAAGGUCAAGAACAACUUCAGAGACUUGAUGUCCAAGCUGACAGAGGGCCAGUAUGUGCUGUGCCGGUGGACAGAUGGCCUGUACUACCUCGGGAAGAUCAAGAGGGUCAGCAGCUCUAAGCAAAGCUGCCUCGUGACUUUCGAAGAUAAUUCCAAAUACUGGGUCCUAUGGAAGGACAUACAGCAUGCCGGCGUUCCAGGAGAGGAGCCCAAGUGCAACAUCUGCCUGGGGAAGACAUCAGGGCCGCUGAAUGAGAUCCUCAUCUGCGGGAAGUGUGGCCUGGGUUACCACCAGCAGUGCCACAUCCCCAUAGCGGGCAGUGCUGACCAGCCCCUGCUCACACCUUGGUUCUGCCGACGCUGCAUCUUCGCACUGGCUGUGCGGAAAGGCGGCGCGCUGAAGAAGGGCGCCAUCGCCAGGACGCUGCAGGCCGUGAAGAUGGUGCUGUCCUACCAGCCCGAAGAGCUCGAGUGGGACUCGCCCCACCGCACCAACCAGCAGCAAUGCUAUUGCUACUGCGGCGGGCCCGGAGAAUGGUACCUGCGGAUGCUGCAAUGUUACCGGUGUAGACAGUGGUUCCACGAGGCCUGCACCCAGUGCCUCAAUGAGCCCAUGAUGUUUGGAGACCGGUUUUACCUGUUCUUCUGUUCCGUGUGUAACCAGGGCCCAGAGUACAUCGAGAGGCUGCCCCUGCGAUGGGUGGAUGUGGUUCACCUGGCCCUCUAUAAUCUGGGGGUACAGAGCAAGAAGAAGUACUUUGACUUUGAGGAGAUUCUGGCCUUUGUCAACCACCACUGGGAACUCCUGCAGCUUGGCAAGCUCACCAGCACCCCUGUGACAGAUCGAGGACCGCAUCUCCUCAACGCUCUGAAUAGUUACAAAAGCCGGUUCCUCUGCGGCAAGGAGAUCAAGAAGAAGAAGUGCAUCUUCCGCCUGCGCAUCCGCGUCCCACCGAACCCGCCAGGGAAGCUGCUGCCUGACAAGGGACUGCUGCCAAAUGAGAACAGCACCUCCUCUGAGCUGCGUAAGAGAGGAAAGAGCAAGCCUGGUUUGUUGCCUCACGAAUUCCAGCAGCAGAAAAGGCGAGUUUAUAGAAGAAAAAGAUCAAAGUUUUUGCUGGAAGAUGCAAUUCCCAGUAGUGACUUCACCUCAGCCUGGAGCACCAACCACCACCUGGCUAGCAUAUUUGACUUCACGCUGGAUGAAAUUCAAAGUUUAAAAAGUGCCAGCUCAGGCCAGACCUUCUUCUCAGAUGUCGACUCCACCGACGCUGCCAGCACCUCGGGCUCUGCCUCCACCAGCCUCUCCUAUGACUCCAGAUGGACAGUGGGCAGCAGAAAGAGGAAGCUGGCAGCCAAGGCAUACAUGCCCCUGCGGGCAAAGCGGUGGGCAGCUGAGCUGGAUGGACGCUGCCCCUCGGACAGCAGUGCAGAGGGGGCUUCGGUCCCUGAGCGGCCAGACGAAGGCAUUGACAGCCACACAUUUGAGAGCAUCAGUGAAGAUGACUCAUCCCUGUCCCACCUCAAGUCAUCUAUCACCAACUACUUUGGUGCAGCUGGGCGAUUGGCCUGUGGGGAGAAGUACCAGGUGUUGGCUCGGAGGGUCACACCUGAGGGCAAGGUUCAGUACCUGGUGGAGUGGGAAGGGACCACCCCUUACUGACUAGCCCCCAGGGGUGCCAGGGGUCCUGAAAACCAAAGGAGGAGCAGCAGAAGCCAUAGGCUCCCCAGCUUUCUCCAGGCUGGGGUGGCAGAAGGAAGCAGGACAGAGCUGCAAGUGCCUGGCAGAAGGCCCUGCCUGCCUGCCAGGCCAAGGCCUCCGUCUCUCUGCUGUACCAGCUCCGUUCCAGGGCCUCCUCGGGCUCGUUACCCCUGUGCCUGUGUCUCUACACACUCCACAACCCCUCAAACUCUGUUUAUCUGUUCCUCUGACCUUGAGUCCCCUGCUCUGGGACCCUUCCUCCUGAGGCCCAGGUCUUUGUCCCCAGUUGUGUGCCUUGACCUCUCUCGCCCCUUUUUGGGUGUGUUUGCACAUCCUGUGUGUGCACAGCUGUCCCUCCACUGGAUACCCUUUACACCUGACCCGUGGGGCAGCCAGUCCUCCCAGGGACUACAUAACAGGCACCUUUGAGAGAGCCUGGGAGAAGAUGGAUAAGAGGAUGGCGCUCAGCGCUGUUCUCUUCCACUUUCCUGCCACUCCCCACUGCCCUUGGAGAGAGGUGGUAGGGUGGGAGAAAGCCCCUGUGAAAGCCUGCGAGGAUCUGAAGAGUGAAGGGCUGGGUCUGCUUCAGAAGGCACCAGCACCAGGGUCCAGGCUGAGAGUGAAGGCUGCCAGUGUGAGCUUUGGCCACACCCCCUCAGUCUCCAUAGAGCUGGGCCUGGCCUUGCUGGAAUGGAGGCAUCCUUCCAGACCUGGGGGACGGG